UGAGAAUUCAAGAGUGUAUACUGAUCGUUGAUUGGCUACCAAGAGUAAACCGAUUGCUGAUUGGCUGCUGUGAGUGAUCUAAUCGUGGAUUGGUUAUCAGUACGCUUGCCCCGCCUUCCAGCGCCACGUUUUUAUUAACGUUUUUUUUUAAUAAUGCGCUACCAGCAUAUAAUUUCUAAUUAAGCGCAUUGUUCAAGGUUAUUUGGUAAUUUAUAUUUAUAAAUAUUCAGUUUACAAACGCAUAUGUGUGUAAUGCACACUAUUGGUUAAGUCAGAGGGGUCAGAGGUUGAUAUGUAAAUUUCUAACAUGGCGGCCCCCAUAGAUGACAUGUUUUCUUUAUGCGCGGAUCCUGCAAAAACUAGUAAUUGCGUGGAAAUCCGAUUUAUCGAUAAUAUCAAGGGAAAAGGAUUAUUUGCCAAGAAAGCGUUUAAAAAGGGUGAUACCAUUUUUAUUGAGCAACCUCUUGUUGCAGCCCAAUUCUUGUGGAAUGCCUUUUACAAAUACAGAGCAUGUGAAUAUUGUCUCCGUGCUCUGGAGACAGCAGAGGAGAAUGCCAGAAGGUUAAGUGGUCUGAAAGCUCUCAGCCUGCCCCAUCCUGAGCUGUGUAAGGUCCGACCUGACCAACACCAGGCCUGUCCGCAAUGUCAGGUGAUGUACUGUAGUAAAGAGUGCCGACAAGCUGCAUGGGAUCAGUAUCACAAAGUCCUGUGCCUUGGACCCUCCCAUGAAGACCCAGAGCAUCCAAUCAACAAGCUACAGGAAGCAUGGAGGAGUACGCACUAUCCUCCGGAAACCUCCAGUAUUAUGCUAAUGGCCAGGAUGGUGGCUACCAUCAAGCAGGCUAAAGAUAAGAAACACUGGCAAAGGCUUUUCGCUAACUUCUGUAGCCGUACGGCCAACGAAGAAGAGGAAAUAGUUCAUAAAUUGUUAGGGGAGAAGUUUCAGGGUCAGCUGGCCUUGCUCCAUAAUCUGUUUACCACGGCUCUUCGUGAUGACGGUCUCAGUCAGUGGUUUACACCUGAAGGAUUUCGCUCGCUGUUUUCACUUGUUGGGACCAACGGACAGGGUAUUGGUACCAGUUCUCUCAGUCAGUGGGUUCAUGCAUGUGAUGCACUGGACCUUCCUAGCCAGCAGAGGGCGCAACUAGAUGCUUUUAUUGACCAGCUGUACAAGGACAUCGACAAAGAAACCGGUGAUUUCCUCAACUGUGAUGGUUCAGGCCUGUUUUUGCUACAAAGCUCUUGUAACCACAGCUGUGUUCCCAAUGCAGAGGCAUCAUUUCCUGACAACAACUUCCUUCUUCACCUCAAUGCCCUAAGUGACAUUAACCCUGGAGAGGAAAUCUGUAUCAGCUACCUGGACUGCUGCCAACGAGACCGAAGUCGCCAUAGCCGGCACAAGAUCUUGAGGGAGAAUUACUUAUUCAUCUGUUCCUGUCAGAAGUGCAUGUCCCAGAUAGAUGAUGCGGAUAUGACAUCAGACGAUGAAGAGGAAGUUGAAGGCGAGGGUGAGACGGAGGGGGACGACAUGGAGGAUGAAAUGACUGAUGUGUGAUUUCUGCUCAGGCUUUCUGCUUAAAGCCCACUCAGCCCAUCUCAGCUGUUUGUAUGUGGAUAUUUCCAACACUAUGAAAAAUGUCACCAUAUUUCCAAACAUUGGAGAAACCAACAUCAAACUCACAGUAGCAGUGCAAUUGUUUGGCUGUUAUAACCUUAAUAUGCAAGCCUAUGCAAAAUAUAAUCGCAGAAUAUUUUUAUCAUGUGCUUUUUUGGCAUGACUCUCCGUGGACAUGGUUUGAAAUGUAUCAUGCUCAACAAAAACUUUUUGAAAUGGUGUUGUUAAAAUAACAGCAUGCAAACACAUGCACACACACGCGACAAAACAUAAAACUGUCUGUGUGUGCACUAAUGGGCCGUAUUAUAUAAAGACAUCCAAAAGAACAUAAGCUGUCCAUUUCAUCCACACAUUCAUCUGAUGCAAAGGUUAAAGUGACUAGCUUCGUUUUAUUUGCAUACUUUUGUACCACACCAAUCCUGGUAUAAAACAUCCAUUCUUUCCAAUCCAAUCAAUUUCUAAUGGAUAAAAUUAAGCAGCGGAAGGUAGUUUGUUGUGAACAAUCAUCUCAUGUUGAUACUCUGAUGUUAAAAUCUUCGGCACGAUGAGGUGAAAUCAGGUACUGUUGGCUUUGCCGUCCUGCUCUCAUCUCUGAUUUCCUGCAGUCGAUACACUUGCAGUUUGUCAUUGUAUAAAUUGUAUCGAGUCUGAAGUGCUCGGCUAAUCUCACUGAUGGCGAAUCUGGCAUCUUAACCGGCAAGCUGAUGAAUUUUGCCUAGCGAUUCUCCUUUUGAUGUCUAGCGAGGACAAUCUUGCAGAAGGUAUGAAAAUCCAGGCAAUCCCAUUUUAUACCUUAUGUCAUAAUCCUCCAGCUUUUAAUACUCUCAUCCUCCCCGUUUAUGAAAUUCAUCUCGCAGCGCUCGCGCUCUUCUUUUCACAGAUGGUGAUAUUGACAAUUUAUACUUUUUUCUUAACCCUUCAGUCACAUCUGCCAAAUUAAUUAAUCAUUCAGUGGAGCAGAUACUAAAUAAAGCGUAACCAGCAACCUUCCCCAAGCAAAACUAAACGUAAUGACAGAUCAGGGGUUCUUACUUUGAAGAUGAUAAGCGUUUCUAACAUCAACUCCUGAUGUGUAUUUAGUUGUGCUUUGUAAGGCAAGCAUCCCUAUUGCUUGCUAUUACUUUUAAGCAUUUUUUUUACCAUAAAAUCAUCAUCAUAUAACCUUGAUAUCUUUAUUAUUGACUGAGUUAGAUGAACUUAUCUUAAAGGGACAAUAAGUAGGAUUUACCUCCAUCUAGUGGUGAAAUUGUAUUUUGCAUUUAAACGAAUAGUGCUCUUUAGCGCCUCGCUUUUCCAAAUGCGUGUUGCAACUACGGUAGCUGUUAUUUACUUACUGAUCUUCUUGUCCGUUUUCAUAAAUAUAUACACUAGAUGUCGUCUUGGGGUUCAAGGCAUGCGUCAAAACCGCCGCCAUCUUGGAACAGGGGUCUUGUCAUAGGAAGUAGCUAGGUAAAGCUGCUAUCUCCGCCUGUACUUCGAAUUCAUGGACAAUGGCAGACUUUUGUGCUGCGUAUUAAUGUUAGGCCUACCAGCACUAUGCACUAUAGUUAGAAAAAGUAGAUUUUCAUAAUAUCAAAACUUUAAUUUUUUUCUGGACUCAUUGCUAAAUACAUGUCUGACUGUUGAAACGAACCAAAAGAAAACCAAGAAAAUCGCAUUCAUGACGAUUUAUGGUGAUUUUAUGUCCGUUACACCAUCGUCUACAAUGACGCUGAUGCGGGGUUCCCCUGUUUCAAGAUGGCGGCUAUAUUUGACGCACUCGGUCCAAUGAACUGCCGUAGCCAAGGCGACAUCUAGUGUACAUAUCUAUGGUCCGUUUCAGCUGGUUCACGUGUUCUGAAUGAAAACGCGUUGUGGAAACGCGUUGGUAAGCUAGUGCUUUUUGUCCCUCUCUGCUAUUAUAGUUUAUCAGUAUGGCGGAACGACAUGGAAGCCUUCUAGGACUUAGCCGUUCAAUGUAAGUAAAGAGAAGAAAUUCUAAGCUUACAAAGAAAAGUCAGAUCACUGGCAGAGGACAUUUGACACCAACGAGGACAUAUUUAUGAAUAAAGACAUUGAUUUUGAUUAAUAAAACACUUAAAACCCUACUUACUGUCCCUUUAAGUAGCACAGGUAUAUUUGUAGCAAUAGCCAAAAAUAUACUAGUCAACAUUUGAAGUGGAUCAAAGCCUUUCAUAAAAGUAGUCUUAAAAUAUUGAACAAUACGCGUUUUUGUCUUAGGGCAUAUUGUGUGGGUCAAAAUUAUCAUUUUUUCUUUUAUGCCAAAAAUCAUUGAAUAUUAUGUGAAGAUUGUGUGCAUGAAGAGAUAUUUUGUACAUUUCCUACUGUAAAUAUAUCAAAACUUUAUUUUUGUGAGUGGAUGCAAUGCUAAGGACUUAAUUUGGACAACUUUAAAGGCAAUUUUCUCAUUUUUUGCACCCUUAAAUUUUCAAAUAGUUGUAUCUCAGCCAAAUAUUGUGCUGUCAACAGACCAUACAUCAAUGGAAAGCUUAUUUAUUCAGAUGAUGUAAAAAUAUAUGUGAUGCGCGGGUCAAUAAACAACCUGCACCCGACCAACUAACAGAGCGCAGUUCACAACCAACACAGACACAGCAAAGACACAAUGAAAAUAUGAUUUAGGACUGUAGUGUGUAUUUUCAUAAAUCAACAUUCAUAUAAUUUAUACAUUAACAUUUAUAUCGUGCAACUGUUGAAGUUAUGAUCAAAUUAGCUUGGAAGCAUGCUUAACUCUUUCCCCGUCAGCGUUUUUUAAAUUUUUUUAAGUUGCCACCCAAAAAUGUUCUUCUUUAAAUAAACAUAAAAUAUCAAAUGAAAGAACAGACCAUCCACUUUCAAACAACAACAACAAAAAGUUUCAUCCCACCUUUAUUUGUUCUCUUAUCACCUCUCAAAUUUUCAGCUAAAAGUGGAGAUAAUUCCAUUUUUGUGAAGAACUUUUGUAAGAGAUCAGAUUCAGAGCCACGAUCAAAACUUGACAGUGUUUUGUAGUGUUGAGUGAAUGCGUCAGUGUUUAAGUUGGGUAAGAUCGCCACCCAGUAGAUAGCGGAAAUAUGAAUUUGAGGUAGAAACUCCUCAGGGAACGUGUUCUCUUUAUUGACGAGAUGACUCAACAAUAGACAUUUAUGUGGAUAUCGCCAUUAAUUGUGCAAUUGUAGACAAAUUAAAAAUAUGAUUAAAGACUGUGGUGUUUAUUUUCAUAAAUCAGUACGCAGCAACAGUGGCGCAGUGAUUCUUAGGGGCCAGUCACACCAAAAGCGCUUUAAACGCUUGCAAACGCAAGGCGCGACGCACUGCCUUUUUUAAAAAAGAGCAGUGCGACGCGGCUUUUCAUAUUGCUAAGCAACCACCGAGUCAGCUGUCUUGUCAAUCAAAUAUUGAAGCGUGAGCGCUCUUUUGCUGUUAACUGUCAUAUUAGCAGAAACUUUAAAAAGAGGACGCUUGCUCUGACCUUGUUUGAGGAUGAGAGGUGCACAAACACGAAGGAGAGAGUGAGUGAGUGGAGUCCGGUUCUUCAAAGCAACUGUAAACUUCCCUCACCACAAUGUAAGGCCCGCCUCUCCCCUGAUUCGAUUGGACAAUGGAAGACGCGAAUGACGUCAGGCGCUUCUCCGCUCUCAGCGCUCCUUCAAAAACGCGUGCGCGGCAGGCGGCAAAAAAACGCAAGGCGCACGGCGCGCAUAAACAGCGCGCAAACGCGCCCUUCCCAUAGAAUAUCAUUCAAAAAAGGGGCCUGCAACUGCCAUAAACGCUUUUGGUGUGACUGCAGCCUUAAUGUGGUCUGAACCAUGGGGUUACCGGUGUAUUUUAUCACAGCUUAGAACGCGUUUCAACCAAUCAGAAUUAAGAACCAGAACGGGCCGUUUUAUAAAAAUUUUUGCUUGGGCACCCGCUGAUUUUACAUCAACCCCGCGCAUCACUGAUAAAUAUCAAUUUGAAAAAUGACCCUUAUGACUGGUUUUGUGGUUCAAAGUCUGUCCAAAUCAUUACUAAAAUCAAACUUUGAUGCUAUUAAUCUCAUAAUUAAAUUGAGACUAUAGCCUGUACGUCACAAACACGGUCACGUUUGCAUUGCAAAGGGUAUUCUUUUGGUCAUAAAGGGUGGGUGCUUUUAACUUGGUCAAGUAAGCGAGUAACAAACCUAGCAUCCAUAUGUAUUUAAAACAAGUCAAGAAUUUUUAUUGUCAUUACAACCAUAUAAUGAGAUGUUUCUUCAGGACCAUUGUGCUACAUACAGACACUGAACUACUUAAAACAACACAAAGCUAAUACCCAAAUAAAGUGCAUGUGUGCAAUGUAGUGCAUACAGUGCCAGACAAAAGACAGCAUUGUGCAUCAUUUUUUACCUGAAAAAUAAUCUGUGGCAUUAGAUUAGUUUUAUAUUACUGGGCCAGUGAUUAUUUUUGCACAUACUGUUGGCACAUUUCUUCCCUGCUGCCCGUUGAUAUGCUAACAGUGUCAUUUUUAUUAGCGAGUAAUUCUUCUUUAGGGAAAUUUGACACAUUUGAAACGUUCUCCGUCUGGUCAGCCGGAUUGAGUUAAAACAACAAAGUUUUCUGAGACCUUGAAAACCAGAUGCAUCUGCAAGCGAUCUCCAUUUGUCUGUUCUGAACUCGUGUCUUUUCUGGAUGUCGUUUCAUUGAACGAGGCUAUAAUACAAGUUGGACAUGCUGUGCAGAUGAAAGAAAGGGAAUUACAGGGCAGAAGGGAAGGACACCUGGGGUUGUGCCUGGGAGGAAUAACCACUGCAUGCAGCUGGCAGCACAAAGCCAGCUGGGUCCUGAUAGCUCGGUCCGGCAGCACCGCAGGAGCGUGUCCCAAAUAUUCCCUCAGAAUGAACCACUGUGAGUAAUGCCACACAUCAAGCGGAGCUCCUUCUUCCCAGAGCAAGAGGGGUCAGAGAGCGAACCCUUAGAGGAAAAGGCCUGAUGUUUAUGUGGACGAGGGAGGCGGGGCUUAACUCAAAUGAAAGACAAUUAUGACUGCAGAGAGAAUGGAGUCUUUAUUCUGACAAACCCCAGGCCAGAAGGACAAAUUUUACAUUUAGAAAAGGACCUUAACUAGAUUGAAAUAGACAUACUUAAUGACUACAUCCAACUUGUAGUGACUAAAAUAACACCAUUUACAUCACAGUUAAAAUUAACAGACUCAUUUGUGUUUACAAAGUCUGUAACCAAUGAAUAUACACUGUUAAAAAUAAAAGAGCUUAAAAAGUUCUCCACAGCGAUGUCAUAAAACA